AUGCCCAAGGAUACAUCAUCAAGUAUAGCUCAUCACGGGCACGGUCAGCAGCCCGUAAUUCCUCUCAAGCGCAAUCAGGCUUGCCGCCAAUGCCGCAAACGCAAAAUGAAAUGCGACGCCCAAAGGCCCUGCCGCGGCUGCGUCAGAUCCCAUGGAACGAUCGUCGCAAAUUUGGUCAAGGCUGGCCAGCCGUUCCCCCCUGUGCCUGAGUGUACCUACGACGGCGACUAUGACGAGGACGGCGAAGUCCAUUUGCCUCCCCAAGUCGCCCAUAUUGGCGCCCCCGGUAAUGCUAUUGCGCAACACUCGGAUGGUCACCAUCACGAUCAUCAUGACCGCUCAGGACAUGGGUCACCCCAUCAUGAAGACGGAACACAGCAUAUUCGAGCUGGUGUUGCGGCGACGACAAUAUCGCCCAGGAAUCAACACUCUCACCAUACCCAGGCUUUCCACUCGUCCGGCCUCUCCACCUCGGUAGGCUCCUCAGGUCCUCAUCGAAGCGAUAGUGUUGGCGCUUCCGUCUCGCCCAUUUCACCAUUCUCAAGUGGCCCCAUGCCCGGAAUGGAACAUUCACCUGAACUCGGACAAAACAGUGUACCGUUAUUCGAUACCAUCCCGUCUGGGUACUCGACCGAUUUGCCAUCACCCGAAAUACUGUUGCACCUAGUUCAGACAUUCUUCCAGUGCCAGAUCUUUGCAAACACUUUACUUCAUCGUUCUUCUUUCCUAUCUCGUCUUCAGCUCCCACCUUCGCAUCCUCAAUAUCCGUCCAACGCACUUCUUCAUGCGAUAUGUGCCGAUGCGUCUCUCUAUGGCGCCCAGGGUGGAACCACUGGUCCCAAUGGAAUUAGCGGAUUCGGCGCAAUGCAUGCAGGGCUGUGCAUGGCCAAGGCCUUGGAAGAUGCCAGCAUGGGAAAACGGUUGCUCGAGACUGUACAGGCGUUUAUUGUCAUGUCUUGGUGGCAGCAUGCCAAUGCCAGAUGGUCCGAACUGUGGAUUAGCACUGGGCUGACAAUCCGAUAUUGCAUCCCCCUCGGGUUGAGUAAAUCUAUCACGUUUGACGAUAUGUUCAGUGGUGCUGUAGGGGGUGUUAGUGGACACUCGACGAAUUGGAAAGUGGAUACGAUCAUGCAGCCGACGACAGACUCGACCGAAGUCGAGUUGAGGAGAAGAGCCUUUUGGCAUGCGUAUAUGUUGGAUCGCGUGCAAGGUGCCGCGACCGCAUGGCCCAUGGCCGUUGAUGACUUGGAUAUCGGACAGGAGCUUCCUCUCACACAGAGCGCUUUCGAUGCGGGGGUGCUUCCUCCAGAUGUACAACUACAACGGUUAUCCAGUCCAGGCCUAUUGACGACUCACGCCCUCAAUGCCACCGACUCUUUUAUUCUUUACGUUAAAUCGGUCAUGCUCAUGUCCAGGGUAUCCAACUUUAACGUACGGCUUCGGACUCGUCACGGCCACAUGGCCGACUUGCCGCAAAGCCCGGCCUUUAAAACGCUCGAAUCCCAGAUUGCCUCGUUCAGGUUGAGUUUCCCAAAGAAGUUUCGUGAUCCGUUUGCGAAUGGCGUGGAUCCGAUAUUGCUCAUGGCACAUACGAUUCCUCUCAUGGCGACAAUCAUUUUGCAAGAACCUCAUAGCAGUGCAUCCCUCGACUGCGCACCUUCAAUAAAAUGUCUCGAAGCAACGCGGCUCGUCUUGGACGGCGUUUACCGAUUAUCAAGCACAAGCUUUGAUUUCUCCCACUUGACCAACGUCUUUACGUUCUUCUGGACCGUUGGGUCUAAAGUUUUGAUGAGGAAGUAUGCAAAGGUUUUGGAGGCAGAUGAACAAGCCGAAGCGACUUUGAUAAGGAACGAAAUUGAGGUUUUCAGGUUGGCGAUGAUCAGACAACGGCUCCCUCACUCGGUCCGUAACGCCCGCAUCACGCUUGAGCUAUGCGAAGAAGUCGAGAACCGACGGUCCAAGGUCGGGCACGGAAACCGGCUGCUUGCCUCGGGCGGCAUAUCGCCCCAAGAAACCAUCGAGGACGUUUCACAGCCGAGCACGGGAGGGACCGAUCUCUCGUUCGAGGGCUUGCCAUUCGCGAGCGGUAUUUCCUGGUCACUUCCCAACGGCCCGAACGACGGGUUUUCGGGGCUACCGAGUAUGGAUAUGAUGGCAGGAAUAGCAUCAUCAGGGUUGGUAUUCUUCCAAUAG